AUGUCUCUCCUUGGAAAGAAGUUCCCGGCUCCUAUCGCCAAGCCCAUGGCUCCCUUCUUCGCUGCCGGUGCGGUCAUCCUCUUCGGCGUCAACUCUCUCGCCAACGCUCUCAUGAACACCGAGGAGUUCAAGAACGAUCCCCGCAACCCCAACGCCAAGAACGUCAAGCACUAA